GGGAGGGAGGGCUGAGAGGGACUUCCAGCCCACUGCAGACUUCUCCGGAGUUUCCAGAGCUCGCUGGGAGCGGUGAGAGGCUGCAUGCCUUUAUGCUGGAGCGAAGAGGGAAAAGGCUCAAUGCAGAAUGGUGGAAAGAGGGAGAUUUUUUCUCUGCCAUGAAAUCUUCGCUCUUUAAUUGAACUUUUAGGUUGAGCUUCGAGCUUCCAGCGCUGAAAGCAAAACACUUUCCUCUUCAUUGAGCUCCACUCUCAGCCGCCUGGCUGAUGUGAAGAAGAUGAACAUCGUACGCCAUCACUACAACCACACUGGAAAGCUGGACCACAGGUCUCCGAGCUCUGACCUAGGAACUUUGGAUAUUAAAACCAUCAUCUUCCUCAUUAUUUGCAGCUUUAUCUUCCUGGAGAACCUCACCGUUCUAGUGGUCAUAUGGAGGACACACAGGUUCCAUAACCGGAUGUACUUCUUCAUUGGGAACCUGGCGCUGUGCGACUUGCUGGCUGGAGUCGCCUACCUGGUCAACUUGCUUCUCUCUGGAAAGAAGACUUUUGAACUCUCGCCGAAUCUGUGGUUUGUUAGAGAGGGCAGCAUGUUUGUAGCACUCAGCGCCUCCAUCUUCAGUCUCCUGGCCAUUGCCAUAGAGAGACACCUGACUAUGAUCAAAAUGAGGCCUUAUGACGCCAGCAAGAACUACAGAGUAUUUCUGCUCAUAGGGACCUGCUGGCUGAUUGCUGUAACUCUUGGAGCGUUACCCAUCUUAGGUUGGAACUGCAUUGAAAACCUUCCUGAUUGCUCCACAGUCCUGCCUCUUUACAGCAAGAAAUAUGUAGCUUUCUGCAUCACGGUUUUCAUGGUAUUGCUUUUAGCCAUGUCAGUCCUCUACGCUCGCAUUUACAUCGUGGUAAAAUCCAGCAGCCAAAAGGUGAGUAAGCACAGCAACUCUGAGCAUGCAAUCUCCCUUCUACGCACCUUGAUCAUCGUAGUUGGGGUCUUCAUCGCCUGCUGGACGCCCAUCUUUAUUCUGCUCCUGGUGGAUGUGGCUUGUGAGCAGCGCUGCCAAGUCCUCUAUAAAGCUGACUGGUUUAUUGCACUGGCUGUGCUCAAUUCAGCCAUGAACCCGGUCAUCUACACUCUGGCUAGCCGGGAGAUGCGACGGGCCUUCUUGGGUCUGGUUUGUGGCAUUUGCUACAGGGUGAAGGUGUCUGUGAAUGGCAGUGGGAACAGGCAGUCCCUAGAGCCCAGCCGGAGCAGGAGCAAAUCAUGGAGCAGCCAGAACAACCCAAACCAGAGCCAGCAAAGGGGCCAGGAGAAAGACACUGGGACAAAAAGAGAAGAUGCUCAGUGGGGUGUUCAGAGUGAUGGGACAGAUUAAAAGAAGGGUUCAAGCAAUUAAAUAAAAUGCUUCCUCAAAGUGAAAGGUUUUUUUUUUUUUGGACUGAAAAUAAAUUUAAAAGGAAGGAUAUCCGAAAUAAAGAUUGGAGCUUAUUGUUUCAGCCAAGAAGUUUACCUUUGAAACCCGAUGUUUAAAUCUUUAGCAUCUGGAAUUGAGAAGUUAAUUUAAGCUGACCUUAACUUUCAUUUAGUGGGUGUUUUUCUUUUCUCUAGUCAUGAAAGAAAGCAAAUACUGUAUCUCUAGGUGUAGUCAUCAUUUAUAAGACUAAAAAGAAAGAUCAGUACAUUAUGUAAAAGAGCAGUGCAUGGUAGCUUAAGCUCUUAGAGAUAUUUACUGUUAUAUCUGGAUGAAAGGUUCUGUCAUAAAGAUAUUUUAUAAACUGCAACUCUUAAGCAUAUAUAUGGAUAGUAAGCAUGCCUUAUUUUUUUUUAUAAAGUUCUACUAGCAUUCCAUGACAAACCUAAAGCAUGAUUGUAGACAUUUCUUGUUGCAAUCAAUCAGCCAGCUGUAUUUAUUAAUGUAUUUUUUACGCAUUGUUUUUUUCUAUUUACCUGUACACGUAUUUUGAGUGCAGAGUCCUUAGGACCUAUAUUUAAAGCUCACACUAUAACUGCUUUUGUCCUGUCUAUUCUGUAACUAAUGUAAUUGACUUUUUAUGACACCAAGGCUCCAUCUGCUGGUCAGUUGCAGUACUUCUGCAAAUUCAGUACUUGCAUGUUGCAAUCUGAUAGAAAACAAAUUAAUUAAUAAUAAAAAAAAGUGUGGAGUUAGCAGACUGAAUAUUUAAGAGUCGCGUGAUAGCUUAAUGCAAACAAUAAAAUAAGAACAAUGUUGGAUCCUAUUUA